AUGGAUAGUAUUGGAACGUUUGUUGAGGAUGGUUCCAUUUUAAGAAAACGAAAACUAAAGAAAAAGAAAAAGGUUACUGGAAAUGCAAAAGAAGUACAUGUGUGUAAUAAUGCUGCUAAUAACGAGCAGUCUGCUGGGACGUUCAAAGGAACUACACAAGUCGAAAUGAACGAUACUGUGGGCGAGGAGAUUAAGAUCUCAAAGCACAAAAUACUGCCGAAAGAUGAGAUGCCUGAAGUAAAGGAACGAAAAAGUGGUAUUAUUUAUUUCCAGACGUUACCACCAAACUUUACUGUCUCAAGAAUGCGUAAUGAAAUGAGUAAAUUUGGUGAAAUUGGAAGGAUAUAUUUGCAAGCUGAGAAACGGCGUGAUGCAAAAGGUAAACGAAGAAAACGAUUUGUGGAAGGUUGGGUUGAAUUUAAGAAAAAAAGUCUAGCAAAGCGAGUAGCAGCGUCAUUGAAUAACACAGCGGUCGGUGGAAAACGGCGAAGUACUGCACGAGAAUCCCUCUGGACAAUGAAAUAUUUGAGCGGAUUUAAGUGGAUACAUUUGGUAGAACAAUUAAAUUUCGAGCAUCGAAUCGAACAACAACGAAUGAGUGUUGAAAUAGCUCAGGCAAAGCGACAAGCUUCAUUUUUCUCUGAUCAAGUGGAGAAAGGAGAGCAGCUGAGAAAACUGGAGGAGAAGGUUUUAAAGAAAGGUGGCAUGUGGGAUGAAUUCCAGCGACAAGUGCAACAACGUUCAGUAAUGAAAAAAAAUAAGAGGCAUAAACAGACCGACGAUCAGCUAUUACAUAUGAUAUUCACUGGAUGA